ACACAAAAGCGGACAUAAUUUGAUGCAAGGAAAAACCAAGACAGGUCGAAACAAUAGAAGCAUAGAGAAGACGGCUCCCUCUACCCACGUUGCCGAGUAUUGUGUUGAUUUCCAAGAUACUUCUGUCGUUUUGUGCUUGGAUGUCAUAUAUCCUACCAGUACGUAAAAAACGUAUUUAGUAUGUUUUUGAGGGUCUGAGGACGAAAACAUGCUUUUGUAACCGAAAAUGCGUUUUCUCUGUUUUCUAGUUUUGCUCCUCGCGGACUUGCCGGUGCUGUGAAUUAUGAACUUUCAGAACAGGAUUGUGAAUGAUAAUGUUGAAAACAAAGCCCAUACGUCAAUUGGAGAGACCUUUACUAAACAUUUCUCGGCACUUAUAUGACCUUAUUGGGUUGCAAGUGCCGUAAAACGCUUACUGAAACUAAAACAUUUCUGACAUUAUUGUUGCAAGUGCAAGUUUGAAUUUGUUGCAUGUUGAAAAGUGUAUUUGAAGUUGAAGGGUUUGGAGUGGGGCUACUUGUCCAAUGCCCACCAUAUGGACCUGACGCGUUGGGACAGUCUGUUUUCUUUUGGUUUUGAAAAGUUAGCAGCGAUGGUGGUAUACCUAAUAGUGUGUCGUUGACUGCCUAUCAAGUUACCUCUUUGUGGUUAGAUGUAGAAUAAUAAUAUGCUGUAUCGAGUAGUGCGUUUGGAUCCCUGCAUACUCGCCGCUCUACCCGUUGGCUUUUUUGUGCUUGGACCAUCCAUUAUGUUGUAGGAUCAGGAGCCUGUGUGAGUAGAGGUGACGCGUGGUUCAGACGUUUGAUAGGUAUAAUUAGAUUCCUGUUAUAUUACCGGCGUGGUGGUGGUUGUGGGAGUGUGUCAGUGUGCCCUGUGAGCCGCGAGGAGGGCGGUUGGGAGUGAGACACAGACAGAGACAAACGAUCCUUCCAUCCAUCCAAUAUCCCUCCAUCCAUCGCUUUCAGUGGUGGUUGUUGUGGUUGUGGUGGUGUGUUCUUUCAGCUGUCAUGUCGUCGACCUCCUAUACCGUGUCGUCGCCCGCUGCUGCCGCCGACACGAAGGAUGGGAAAGCUACACACGAUGAGAUGGGCGAACUUCAGGCCACUAUAGAGAUCUCUGUGGAGCUGAAUCGCUUUUACAAUGUGGACCUGUUCCAGCGUGGACACUAUCAGAUCCAGACAGUUCUGAAGACCCCGCCUAAAUCGCCGGCCCGUGUGGAAAUCAGUGACAAUAAAGUCAACGCGCAGCAAGGUGAGUGCUUAAUGGGUUUCUCUUGUGUCGUGAAGUAGAGUGGGCCGGAAGAGUGCGUCAACUUCACUUACGCGUUCGUUGUGUCCUCAGUAGGCAGACAGAGAGACUUCCAGAUAGAUAGAUAGACAGACAGACAGACAGACAGAAUAGAUAGAC